AUGUUUCGUGUUAUGAAGGGCGUGGAAGAAGUGGGCCGCGUAUUUCUUAUGAAUGAAAUAUUAUCCUGUUGUAAUUUACGACUAAAUAAGUCAUCUACACUGUGGAAUGGGUUAUUUACGUAUUAUAUACAGGGGGGAAUGGGAUAUUUCAAGGCAGGAAUGUAUUCUGGGUAUUUUUUUGGUGAAAAAUCGGAUAAGUUGGUGAUUAGGGGUAUUAAAGGGGGUCUAACGGGUGUAUCCAUGGGUGUAACAGGGUUAUUAGGGCGUAAGUUAAGUGAGAGACUUUAUCGCAUGUGA